GUCGGGACGACAACUUCCUUAGUAACAAGCAGCUUGCUUGGAGAUGCCUGGUUAGCAUGUAGCUAAAUGUUACUUCGGAUGAUAUUUUCUGAAAUGUCUUAAUUACUUAUAUAUGAAAGAGUGUCAGUGUUUGGCGUUAUGUAUGUAGUGGAAACUAAACUGUAAAACUAACAUUGUUUUUGUGGCUGAUUUAACUGUUUAACUCCGGAUCCGUUCACCGAACCAUGUCUCCGUUAGCCAAAUGAUUAUUAGCCGUUUGUGUUCACUUCACGUCCUCCUCCUGUGUGGACGUUUGGCUCUCUCAGCCACAGAUUUAGGGGUCACUGACUCUACCAUCUCCAGCCAAACAAAUGGAGGCCCCUUCGGCUCACCCACCCCGACUCCGGGUGUUAAGGGGGCCACAGAGGAAGCCACUCUUUAUCCCACUUUGGACACAGAAACUCCGUCUCCAACCACCGACCAAACUCCGAUGUCAACAGAGGGUGACCCACAGAUUUGUCUCUGUGAUCUAACUCCUGGUUUCUGUGACAUCGGCUGCUGCUGUGACACAGCUGAUUGUGAUGUUGCCAACCUAAGCACCGUCUUCACCGGCUGUCCAAAAGAAGACGUGAAACGAGUUUGCAUUGAGAAAUGGCUGAUGUUCAGAGCCAACGUGGAUUCCUCACUCGUCACGGUGACGGACACAUUGUUUUGUGUUCAGGCAGAAGCAGCAGCGCCGCCGUGUCUUCCUGCAGCAGCAGCGCCGCCGUCUCUUCCUGCAGCAGCAGCGCUGCCAUGUCUUCCUGCUGUGACUCAGUCAGUUGAUUUCUACUAUUUCUCAUCUCGAGAAUAUCCGAUCCCAGCAUACAGGAGACAUUUUCACCAGGUUGAUGAUCUUAUCCAGACAUUUUGGUCCAACUUCUCAGCGCAAGGCCUCCUCCGUCAGCCGGCUCCUGGUGCCGCCUCCUCCUUCUGCUUCAACCGUAACCCUGCAAAGUUUUUGAGAUCUACGUCGCUGUCCUGCACCCGGAUGGUGACCUCUCAGUCCUGCACCACCGAUCCGGAUCUCAGCUCCAUCUCUUACUAUCUUAACAUGAGUCUCAUAGCGGUUCCAACAACUGACAAAAUGAAAAUAAGAUCAGAUCUUUUGGUAAAGAAACACCUGACAGUUUCAUCGUUUUGUUGUUUUAAAAUAAUUUGGUGUAAACAAAGAUGGCGGUACGUUAAUAAGGCUGUUUAUUUUCAGGUCCCUGUUAUACCGCUGUCAGACUGGCCUGCACCUGUCAAACAAAACGGCUUUUGUUUGGAUGUUGUGAAAACGGUACAGUUUUUGGUUUACUACACACCCAAAGGGGAGCUGAGGAACGCAUCCAUCAACUUCACCCUGACUGACGUUCCCUUUGAGCAGCUGGUCCUCCAGACACACUCUGUAGAAUUUCACCUGUUACAGCGGGACACUUCCAAGCCCACACAGGCCCCACCAAACCCACCUCCAGUUGGACUGAGAAAGGGAUCUGCUGUCAUGGCGCUUAUUGACGGAGAAAUGCAGCCGUUGAAGUCACUUGGCGUUUCAGAAGGUGGCAGGUGUUCCUCUGAUCCCAGCAGGUUAUCGCCCAUCCUCUUCACACACAACACCAUCAGUGGCUGCACAUUCAGUUCUGAAACUCAGAAUUGCACUGAGCUGCGUUCACAGAUUUAUGAGAUCUUCCGAGGAUCCACUGCUCCCGAUGAGAUCGCCAUGAACUCAGGCCUCCAGCCAAACUGGACUAGAAUCCUGAUACAGGACUGUCUGAUCGAUCCGCAGGAGUCAUGUGAAUCAGGCUGCAGCCUUCCUCUCUCUUUCUCCAUCCAAAUUAUUUGGGCUCGUCAGGGAUUCAUCGAGGUUCCUCAGAACUACAUCUUGGGAGCCAAAUUUCUCUUCCGCUGUCAAAACGUCCAGUGUCCGUUAUCAUCUCCUCUCACCCUGACGGCCAAAGCCACCUUCGUAGAAACCACCGUUUACCCAGAAGCCCCCAGAGGCGUUCCUCAGCCCCACUGGAGGUUUCCGUUUGGCUUCUUCACGAGAGGCGCCGCGGAGCUGGACGGCCAUCUUGAUCCGAGUGGCAGCAGCGCUGAGAAGGUCACAUGGAGUUUAAUGGCGUUCCCACUGUUGCUGCUCUCAGAGUUAGGACUCAGAAACUUUGACAUAGAAAUUUUUUAAUUCUGCAGCUAUAUUUCAAAAAUAAAACACUGUUUUACAUAAUGAAUGAACAGAAGAGGAUUAGGACCAAUUGAAAAAUAUUCAGGC